AGGACCAGAUUGCGUCGAGCGUCUAGCGCCAGGAUGGCAGUGAGCGGAGCGCCCUGAACGCGCGGAAACCUCCCCGUAUUUAUACCCGCACUGCUUCAUUCGAGGAGAGCCAAUCUCCAUUACCAUCUCCAUUUCUGGAACAGAGGUUUAAACACGGAUUGUCACAUGCGACGCAAAGGGCACCGUCCGGGAUAAUAACAAUCCGGCAAUCCAACACCGGGAAUAUAAUCAGGGAUCUGUCCUGCAAACCGCACCGGGGCUCUCCGCUCGCUUAUGUGGGAUGCACAUCAAUGUGUUGCCGUACUCGCUGUCCGUGGUAAUGGCUGCUCUGUACCAGGGGACGGACGCGUCCUCACCAGAUAAGUAUUUAGCGCUCAAAGACGUAAGGGAAGUGAAGGAGGAAACGACGCUGGAUGAGAAGCUCUUCCUGCUGGCCUGCGAGAAAGGUGACUACUACAUGGUAAAGAAGCUUCUGGAAGAGAAGUCACGUGGGGAGCUGAACAUAAACUGCGUGGAUGUGCUUGGCCGGGACGCCGUCACCAUCGCAAUCGAGAACGAGAACCUGGACAUCCUCCAGCUGCUGCUGGAACACGGCUGCCAGGGGAAUGAUGCCCUCCUGGUUGCUAUCGACUCCGAGGUGGUGGGUGCCGUGGAUAUCCUGCUGAAUCAUCGGCCGCGCAGAUCUUCGAAGCCCUCCAUGGCGAAACUGAUGCAGCGCAUUCAGAACCCAGAGUACUCCACCACCAUGGAUGUGGUGCCGGUGAUCCUGGCAGCUCACAGGAACAACUACGAGAUCCUGACUAUGCUGCUGAAGCAGGACAUCUCCUUGCCGCGGCCCCACGCUGUGGGCUGCGAGUGCACGCUCUGCAACGCCAAGAACAAGAAGGACAGCCUGCGCCACUCCAGGUUCCGGCUGGAUAUCUACCGUUGCCUCUCCAGCCCAUCUCUGAUCAUGCUGACAGAAGAGGACCCCAUCCUGAGGGCUUUCGAGCUGAGCACCGACCUCAGGGAGCUCAGCCUGGUGGAGGUGGAGUUCAGGAACGACUAUGAGGAGCUGGCCAAGCAGUGCAAGAUGUUUGCCAAGGACCUCCUGGCCCAGGCGAGAAACUCGCGUGAGCUGGAGGUCAUCCUGAACCACACGUCCAGCGACGACCAUGUGGACAAGCGGGGUCUGCUGGAAGAUCGUAUGAACCUCAGUCGCCUCAAGCUGGCAAUCAAGUACAACCAGAAGGAGUUUGUGGCCCAGUCUAACUGCCAGCAGUUCCUGAACACGGUGUGGUUCGGCGAGACGGCCAGCUAUCGGCGGAAGCACACCUUCCUGAAGAUCUUUACAGUGCUGAGCGUUGCGCUGCUCUGGCCCAUCCUGUCCGUCUGUUACCUGCUGUUCCCCCGCUCGCGCGUCGGCUGCAUCAUCCACACACCCUUCGUCAAGUUCAUCAUCCACAGCGCCUCCUACUUCACCUUCCUGCUGCUGCUCAACCUCUACUCGCUGGUCUACAACGAGGGCAAGAAGAACACAAUGGGGCCGGCGCUGGAGAUGAUCGACUACCUGCUCAUCCUCUGGAUUGUGGGAAUGGUGUGGUCGGACGUGAAGCGCCUCUGGUACGAGGGUCUCGAGGACUUCCUGGAGGAGUCACGCAACCAGCUGAGCUUCGUCAUGAACUCACUGUACUUGGCCACCUUCGCACUCAAGGUGGUGGCCCACAGCAAGUUUAAGAACGCGGAGGACACAGAGAGGAAGAACUGGGACGCGUUCCACCCCAUCUUGGUGGCUGAGGGACUCUUCGCAUUCGCCAACGUGCUCAGCUACUUGCGCCUCUUCUUCAUGUACACCACCAGCUCCAUCCUGGGCCCCUUACAGAUAUCCAUGGGUCAGAUGCUACAGGAGUUUGGCAGGUUCCUGGGCCUGUUCCUACUGGUCCUCAUCUCCUUCACCAUUGGCCUGACGCAGCUCUAUGGUAAAGAACAGAAGGACCUCUCCAAAAGUGGCGAUAAGGACUUCCACACGUACGUGGAACUAUUUUUUUUUUUUGCGUUCUCCCAUCUCCCACCAAUAGAGGGCGCAUGUGAAAAUCAGUCUCUCUCCUCUCACCAUAGGUUCAUCGGCACAUGCUACAACCUCUUCUGGUACAUCUUCUCUUUGGCGCAUGUGCCGCUCUUUGUCACCCGGAUCAGCUACACGCAGGAGUUGCGCUCCUUCGUGGGGGCACUCAUCGUGGGCACCUACAACAUAGUGGUGGUCAUCGUCCUCACCAAGCUGCUGGUGGCCAUGCUGCACAAGAGCUUCCGGCAGAUAGCGAACCACGAGGACAAGGAGUGGAAGUUCGCCAGGGCCAAGUUGUGGCUCAGCUACUUCGACGACAAGUGUACCCUGCCCCCGCCGUUCAACAUCGUGCCCUCGCCGAAGACCGUCUGCUACCUGGUGACCAGCCUCAGGAAGUGGAUCUGCUCCCACACGUCCACGGGGAAGGUCAAGCGGCAGAACAGCCUCAAAGAAUGGAAGAACCUGAAGCAGAAGCGUGACGAGAACUACCAGAAGAUCAUGUGCUGCCUGGUCCACCGCUACUUGACAUCCACCCGGCAGAAGAUGCAGAGCACGGACCAGGCCACAGUGGAGAACCUCAAUGACCUCCGGCAGGAUCUCUCCAAGUUUCGUAAUGAGAUGAGGGACUUGCUGGGCUUCCGUACCUCCAAAUACGCCAUGUUCUACCCCAGAAGCUAAACCUGCUCCCCAGCCUAGCAUGCUCAGAGGCCCAUGUGGAAACGGGGAACCCCAGAGCCUGCCAAACACCUGCCCCACAGCCCAACACCCCAGCCCAACACCUCAGCCCAACACCCCAGCCCAACACCUCAGCCCAACACCCCAGCCCAACACCACAGCCUUGUACAAAAUGCUUUCACAGUCUUGUUUUCUAAAAUUGCUUAUCUUUACAACAAAAAAAGGAAUAAAGAUUUAUGGAAAAGA